UACUUCUCUUUCUGUUCAACAUGACUGCUGCAACUGGUGGGAAUAGCUAUGGUGGUUACGAUGCGGCGUUUGUACAGCCACUGGAUAAAGAGCUCGAGUGUCCUAUCUGCCUUUAUAGCUACAGACUCCUUGCGGUCAUUUCAUGCUGCGUGGACGAAAUCACAGAAGGGGGAAUGCCUAGCUGUCCGCUGGAUAACAAGGUGGAAAGGAGAAGAGAGGUCUUUUUGGAUAAAAUUCACGAGCGUAAGGUUCUUGAUCUAGACGUGAAAUGCAAUAAUCAUAGUGAAGGAUGUACAUGGAUUGGAGAGCUGCGUAAUUUGAAGAUGAAGAAGAAAGAUGUCAGUGAUCAUGAAGACAAGUGCAGCAAAGAGCAUAUGCGUUUGCUCUUAAAGAAUGUUGAGGAUCUGAAAGCUCAGUUUCGAUGUCGACCUUCCAAAUCCUGCAAAUUCAUGUGGAGUAGAAAACUGGAGCGAAGCCGUUGAAAAAUGCUAAAAUGGAAAAAUUAAUACAUAUGAAUAGCAGUGCGUUCUACACAGGCUAUCCAGGAUACCAAUUAUGCAUGAGAGUUGUUCCGAAUCAUUAUGAAACAGGUAGAGGCAAUCGUGUGGGUGUGAGUCUAGUGAUCAUAAAAGGUGACUUUGAUCAUCAAUUGCACUGGCCAUUUUCGUAUUCUUACAGACUGACGGUUAUUGACCAGCAGCCUAAUGGCAAAAAUAUGACCAAGUUGAUUGAUCCAACAAAGGAGCCACCAGAUUCAAAGAGACACUCUGAGAGGAAAACUAAAUCUUUAGUGUCAUGGGGUUUUCUGACUGUAAUAGUCAUUUGGAUUUGACAAAACAAGCAUACAUCAGAGACGACUCUCUUUUCGUAAGGGCUGCAAUUCUGAUCUGAAAAUGAAAAAUCACUAGUUCAAUUGUUGGUAUUUAACAGCAGGUCAUUUUGAAUACAUGUGAGUUCAUAUACCACAAACUUGAUUCAGAACAGUAGUUUUCAUGGAUAUGUCAUAGUUGUUAGAUGUUGUGUGCAAUUGUUUUGUAUUUAUGUAUCAGUUGCUGCUGAGGUAGUAUACUACCCACCUGCUGACUUGCAAUGAUUAGAAAUGGCAGUUCCUGUUCAAUGCUACCUACACAUUAGACAGUGUAAAUAU